AUGGCGCGCGUAAAUGUUUUGUUUAUUUUCAUUUUGUUGGUUUGCCAACAAUGCUCACCUCGCGGUCUUCCAGAGGAAGAUUCCGUAGUGAGUGUGUACACCACCCAGCCGACCACCGCAACGACACAUGUCGAUGUCUACCAUCAGAUAGCUAAUAAUAUAGCGGAAAGAAUCACUUCACCUAUAUACAGAUUUCUAGGCAUCAACAGAACCAAAACGGAGGCUACGACAAAACGGUCAUGGGAUAAAGUCGAGCUUCUGGACGAACCAGAGGUCUCUCCUAAAUCUAUAUUAUCUAUCAAUAAUGAAAUAUCAGAUAAAGAUGUAGAAGAAUUAUCUGCAGAAGCAUUAAAGAAGAUUGAUAAAAAACCAGAAAAGAUAACACUUUACAACAGCUAUCUGCCAUCAGAAAAGAUAGAAUUAAAUGAUACUGUUAACGAAGUUGAUAAUGAUACAUUUGGUUUUGAUGAUCUAGAUGAUGAUGAUGAUGAUGAUAAUGAUGAUACACCAGCAAGUAAACGAGGCUUAUUUGUGACAGCUUUAGAAAUAAUAGGAAGUAUAAUACAAUUAAUAUAUGGUGGUAUAGCUCAAAUGUUUUCAGGGUAUUUACCUAAA